AUGGGGCUAGGUGAGUGCUGUUCAACUUGUACCCAUGAUGGACGCUGUGAACACCACCAUGGAGGGGCCUUGGGCAUCCAGGGACUGGCUAGUAAGUUUUUCCGUCACCCAGACUCGGAUGGCAUCUGGUCCCUGGAUGCAGAGCUGAGGUAGGGCCUGGCAGGGCUGGGGAUGGAGGUGGACAAGGCAGAGGCAUUAUGCAGGCGCUGGGACCCUGAUGGCCAGUGGGACCUUAAGGAGUUCCUACAGCUGCUACAGCCCUCCAUGUCCUAGACUUGGGAAGCUGUCAUUGCAGUUGCCUUUACCAAGCUGGACUGGACUGAACUGGAUGGUGUGGUGACUGAAGAUGACCUGAGAGGGGUGUACAAUGGUCAGGCUUACCCCAAACUGUACAGUGGAGAAUGGACAGAGGGUGAGACCCUCCAUCAAUUCGACAACUCUGACACCUUCGAGAAGGAUGGGCAGGUGUAUCUUCUACCUAGUCACACACUAGCUGACUUCCAAGACUACUACAGUGGACUCAGCGCCUCAGUGGAUACAGACCCAGAGUUUGUGGCCAUGGUGAGCAGCAUCUGAAGCCUCCAACGUUUAGCUGCC